CCAUCUUGCCCCCCUCCAAUUCGUGUUGAAAACCACUAAAAGUCUUUUUGACUUUUUCAACACAUUUUAUCAAUAACUCACGUUAUUCUGCAGAUGAACAUCAACUUCAACAUAGUCAAUGCUAUUUUAACCGGCGGACAUGGCGAAAAAUCCUCAUUCGAAGUACUUGACUGGCGCAUCGACAACAUCGAAACAACCAGCAACAACUAUAUGACUCAAAUAUCUCGAUUAAUCAUACGUUAUCGAUCACCUAAAGAGGAUGAUUCUGUUCCAAAAGAAAAAUUCUGUUUCGUCAAAGUUCCUGUUGAUGGUAUUUUUAGUGGACUGCCCAAAUCACUGAGUUGUUACAACAACGAAAUUAUUAUGUAUACAAAAGUAUUAUCGCAAAUGUACACCAUCGAUAAGGAGUGCUUUACACCGAGAUUUUACUAUUUCGACGAUAAUAUGACUCUGGUGCUGAAAGAUUUAACGCGAUCUGGAUAUAAAUGUGCCGAUCGUGUUCAAAAAUUAGACAUAGAGCAUUGUAUUUACGCUCUAAAAUGUGUAGCUAAAUUUCACGCAUUAUCCGUUAAAUUGGAAAAGACCGUCGGUCUUCCCGAUCAGGUUAAAUGCAAUUUGUACUGCAGUGCGCAAGCUGCUAAAAAUCUUGAUUUUUUACUCGAGCAACACAUGCCUCAAUUUAUUGACUCUGUGCCUGAAAGUCUCAAGAGAAAGUAUCCCAAUUUAAUUACUUAUUUAAAAAAUAUGUCGAUCGAAAAUGUAAUAAAUUCCCUUAAUGAUUCUUCAGCUUCCGAAUUCAACGUUUUAAUUCAUGGGGAUCUUACCUUUAAUAACAUUAUGUUCAAGUACGAUAAAUAUGGAAUAGUUAGAAAGGCCAAGCUGAUCGAUUUUCAAAUAACUUCUUGGAAUAGUCCGGCUCAAGAUUUGUUGUAUUUCUUCAUUACAAGUAUCAACUACGAAGUGUAUCGAGAAAAUUUCUCUAUGCUGAUGAACAUUUAUUUGAAUACAUUAAAUAAAGUUCUCGAUCGAUUGGAGUGUCCGACUUUUAACAUGCGGAGUAUUCUUAAUCAAAUGGAUACUUUGUAUCCCUUUGCUUUAUUCGCAGUGAGCAUUUUUCUACCUCAUGUAGUACGCGAUCCAAAUCUUUCUACAGAUACCAAAGAUUCGACGCACACAUCUGGGAAAUCUGAAUCUGGUAACGUGUAUAAACAAGAUCAUUAUCGAGAAAUUGCAGUCAAGUGGUUGGAACAUCUUGCAGAAAAAGGAACUUUGCGUGUUAACGAAGAGCAACAUUCAGAUUAGAUUUUUUAUAAAUCAUAGAUCCAGUGAUACGUAGUACAAGUGCUGAUGUCAAAAAAAGCAAAAUUCUUGCAAUCAGGAUUCCAGAAACGGAUUGUACUUGAGUAUCUACGUUAAGAAGACGUGUGUGAUGUCAAGUUAUAAAAAAUAUAAAAUUGUCAAAAA